GUUUUGCUUCUGGUACAUUAAAGUCACAAGAUGGUACUACUACAAAUUCUUCCAAAAAGCAGGAUUUCUCUCUAGCCACCCUCUCCUGCUGGAGAGAGCUACUAGAACUAGGAGAAAACUACUGAGAACAAAAAUGUUUAUAGUGUUCCGACAGACUUCGGCAUCGACCACGACCCAAUCAUGUCUGGAAGUAAAUUUCGAGAUUCUGUAAAUUUCGACCACUAGAAAAAUGUAGAGAGAAGAACGCGCAUGCUUGAAUCAUCUGGCCGAGUGUUGAGAAAAUAUAGAGUGUAUCACGAAGAUUCUUGCAAUGACGAGGUGACCGAUUAUUGUACAUAGAAGAGAUGUCGCGGUCGUCGAGCGGGCGUGGCUCUGUUGAGUGUGAGAAUAGUUGUAACUCUGUUGAUGCAGGCUGCAAAGUGUUGAGGAGCUUGUCGUGUGUGAGAAUGAAUAAAUGCGUGAGGAUGAAACGAGGUCGUGAGCCUGUAUGAAGAAGAUUCGUUUCGGAAUACACAAUAAAGUCAAUCAAAUCUACAACUUAACGUUCUUUCUCCACAACCCACCAUACGCGUGCAUCUGCUCUGAUUUUCCCCUCUUUUCCUCUUUUACGUUUGGAUCGUUUUUUUGUUCGCCAGAUCGAUAUAAUCCUCUAACUUUUUCGACAAUCUAUCUCGUCGUAGAUACGAUUCGCGAACAAGAAAGCAGCUUAGCUCUUCUUUACUUCGACUACGAACUGCUCUACUCACUCUCUCCAAAGCAGUCAUCAAGCUUAACAUCUACUUCAGCAAAAAUAAGAAAAAUUUCUAGAAGGAUUUCAAUUUCAAAUCCUCACCAACAAGAUGACCUCUUUCGCCGCGAAGUUUCGCUCGCACUUGCACGUCCCGGAGUUCGAUGCUCCGCCACUCUAUUUGCCCUUCAACAUCGUCUAUCCGGAGGACGACGACCACAGCGACCAUGAGGGCAACUCCCCACGUCGCAUCCUGAAGAUCAAUCUUGGUAAUGAUCUAAUUGUAGUUUUUGUACGAUCUCCUGUACGUCUAUACGUCUGUUGAAGUAGUAGAGAAGCUGUUCAGAACUAGUAGAGAGAAGUAAAGAACUAGUAUGCCAAUUCUUCCUCCCAUUUGAUGAUGAUGCUUUAUAAUAGAAGCAGAGUAUUUUUGAACACUCUCUCCAUGGUUUGAUUUUAUUUGGUUUUUACCUUAGGAAAGGUACUAUGCGUGUUGCAAUUACAUCCUCCGCAUUCUCUUUCCGUUUAAUACAACCUGUUGAAUAUAUUAGGUUCUUACCUUCGUGAACAUGCUGCUGGGCUCAACAAGUUUCGUACCUACUUCCAAAAGAACGCUGCCACUGCUCCUAUGAAGGCAGCCAGCCCAGUGAUGAAGGCAGCCAGCCCACCACCAAUGAUGAAGGUAUUCCUUCUAUUUUGGUUUUCUAGAGUACUAGUACCUAGAGUAGUAACUAGUCAUCUACAUGAUCGAUUCAACAACAGGAUAUUUUUAGCGAUUCAUCAGGUCUGAUCGAUCAUAUGAUGAAAUGUUGAAUUUUACUUCAAAUUCAAUCAGCAUCCUGUAGUUUAUCCGAAUUUGCUUCGUCUCGUUCAGUGUCAAUUUUUCUACUUCAUUUUCCACUUUCAGCUGAUGAAGAUGGUAUCUUUUUCAAAAAAGAUUGAGUCUAAGCCGAUCCCUUCAAUCCCUAUGAAGGUCAAGUCCGUGAUGAAAUCCGUUGCCAAGCCCGCACCAAAGCCAAAGUCUGUGAAGAAGCUCAGUAUCUUCGAUUGAUUUUUGAUUGCUACUUGAUGUUGAUUUUGGGUAACAAGUGAUGACAUCAACAUAAAACUUUCAACUCGACGUUUCCAAAAUAAUGAGCAACACUACAAAACAAAAUGAAUCCUAAUAUUCUCAUUCUCAUCAUGAAUGGUGCUGGUAUUUGGUACCUGAUUUUGAUCAUGAGGAAAACAAGAAGGAAAUCCCGGUGAUCGAAUUCAGGUUACCAAAUACCAGAACCAUACACAUCAGGUUCAAGAACUCCAUCCUCUCAAUCUUCAGCCUCUCUUCCUUCACCUCUUCCUCUUUCUCCUCCACUACGAACAACAGGAGUAAAAUGAAGUAUUGACAACCAACAUCCCCUUCCCUUCUUCAGUGUGUGCGUUUAUGAUUAGUUCUUCUAUAAGCGAGGCUAGUGAAGUUGAAAAACCUACAAUCUAACUCAAUCUCCAUUAUUAUGCCUCUUCUCCACCCCCAAACUACAGCUGCCGCGCAACGAAAGGAGAAGGAGGAGAUUGAUUAUUUGGAACGUAUCUUCAAGAAGGCCAAUGCUUCCAAGAGCGGACAGAUGACCUUCGAAGAGUUCGAGAAGGCGGCCGUCGGUGAAGCAGGUAACACGAAGAGCCGCUUGAUAACUGCCCACGUCAGCAAGGUCGGAAAGUACGGCAAGAAGAGAAUGAGCUAAAUUCUGCUUGAAGAUGGUGUCUUCUAACUGGAAAAUGAACAUAUAGGAGGUGCUAGCACUAAAACCACGACUUCUCUCAAACGGUGCACCAUAAUUGAACUCAAGGAUAAACUACUUAGACGUACUCAACAAAACGUUCUUCACGAUUAUACGUAGCAAAUCAAAACGAGACUAUAAAAUGCAAACUGCGCAAACGCAAUAUGAUGUUGUCAUAUGGAUUCCAAGAAAUUGCUAAUGCUUAUUCAGAAUUAGGGAAAUGAUCAGAAUAAAUGGGGAUGAAAUGACUAUGUACAUACAUUGGAAAAAUUUAGAUUCUUGUACUAUACAGUUACAGGUGUCAAUACGAUUGGGGAAAUAGUCAUAGUACUUACGUAGAAACACGACGCUUCUUGAUAGAUAUGAAUAAUCACAACGCAGACAAUAUUACACCAUAACGUUGAUACACAAAAAGAAAAUGAAUAUCUGUGACCAGACCAAAGCACCGUAGAUUCAUCUCAGUUUUUGUGAUCCGGAAGAUGACAGAGCUGAGAAGCAGUAAAGUCACUGGAUAUGAACUUGAAAAUCGCAAUUGAACUUGAAUAACGCGAACAAAUACCAAGGGGAAAUGGAUUCGAUUGAUGAAUG